UUGACCUACUACUCGUUACAAAUAGGAAACUUUGACUUCUUCUUUCUGUCAACUCAAUCAAUGUUUGCCACCUCACUGUCACCUCGCGUCCCCAUUCUUAUUAUCCUGAAGUCGCACUUUUCUCUCUCCGUCUCUCUCCUCUGUGUGGCUUGCAGGAAGUUUAGCCCGGAAUCGAUCACUACAAAUUUUUUCAAUGGACUUCAUCGUUGAUGGUGAUGCUAAUGGUGAUGUACCGGGAAAUGCAGUUGUGGACGUUGCUAGGGCUGGUGAUGAAAAUGAAAUUUUUGAAAAUUCUGCUGAAGAAGAAUUUGAACAGUAUGAAGAUCGUAAAAUGGAUAAAGAGACUUUGGAUAUAGAUACGAUAACAGAUGGAGCUCCAGCUAUGUCAAUGAUUACUGCAGAUGAGCCAUACUUGGGACAGGAGUUUGAUUCUGAAGCAGCUGCACAUGCGUUUUACAAUGCUUAUGCUACACGCAUAGGAUUUGUCAUCCGUGUAAGCAAACUUUCUCGAUCAAGACGUGAUGGAUCUGCUAUUGGUCGGGCGCUUGUUUGCAAUAAAGAGGGCUUCAGAAUGCCUGACAAGCGUGAAAAGAUUGUUAGACAAAGAGCGGAAACAAGGGUUGGCUGCAGGGCAAUGAUUUUGGUGAGAAAAAUAAGUUCUGGUAAAUGGGUCGUUACAAAGUUUGUGAAUGAGCAUACUCAUACCUUGACACCUGGCAAAGGUCGAAGGGAUUGCAUUUAUGAACAAUAUCCGAAUGAACACGACAAGAUUAGGGAGCUAUCACAGCAGCUGGCCAUAGAGAAAAAGAGAUCCGCGACCUAUAAAAGGCAUCUGGAAUUGAUUUUUGAGCACAUUGAGGAACAUAACGAGAGUCUAUCAAAGAAGAUCCAACAUACUGUAGAUAGUGUUAGGGACAUGGAAAACAAAGAGCAGCAGAGUCAGACAUAGUUCCAGCAUUAUUUUUACCAGAGUACAAAGUCCAGAAUUGGUGUACAAAAUGCUGUUGGGUGUAAAGCAUACAUAGAUAUCAAAAGCUGACCUUGCUCUAGUGUUGAGUUUCAGGUGUCUAGCUAACUUGUACAGUCUAUAAAAGGCAUUGGCAUUGCCAUAGAUAGCUGAAAAUUAAUUCUUGUUUGCAUUUUAUGGGGAAGCCCGUUUCGAGUCUGGUGUGUUCUGUAUAUAGCAUAUAAAUGCUUUUUUUUUUUUCUUGUUUUGUUGAUUAUUAUCAGCAUUAAAUCCAUUUUAUUGAUUUUGGCUGGGUCAUUAGGAAAGCCGGAUCAAUAUUUUUUUAUUGAAACAUCCUUGUUUCAUUUUUUUUAAAUCCCUAGUUUUGAUUUGGGUUUGAUUGAGUUAACUA